CACACACACAAAACCAAACCCUCUGCGCCUGUACGGUGGCCGAGGAGGCUCGAGGCGGAAGUGCCGGGUGGGCGUGCGCGGAGAGCGGAGCCGGAGUGCACGUGGCGCCGGUGGAGGGAGAGAAGCAUGUCUUUUCGAGGUGGCGGCCGGGGAGGCUUCAGCCGCGGCGGCAGCAACGGCAGCAACAGCCACUUCCGAGGCGGCGGCGGCAACUUCCGAGGCGGCGGCGGCGGCAGGGGAGGAUUUGGACGAGGAGGCGGCCGCGGAGGCUUUAACAAAGGCCAGGACCAGGGACCCCCAGAACGUGUAGUCUUGUUAGGAGAGUUCCUGCAUUCCUGUGAAGAUGACAUAGUUUGUAAAUGUACCACAGAUGAAAAUAAGGUGCCUUAUUUCAAUGCUCCUGUUUAUUUAGAAAACAAAGAACAAAUUGGAAAAGUGGAUGAAAUAUUUGGACAACUUAGAGAUUUUUAUUUUUCAGUUAAAUUGUCAGAAAACAUGAAGGCAUCAUCUUUUAAAAAACUACAGAAGUUUUAUAUAGACCCAUAUAAGCUGCUGCCACUGCAGAGGUUUCUACCUCGACCUCCGGGUGAGAAAGGACAAGGACCUCCAAGAGGUGGUGGCCGGGGAGGUCGAGGAGGAGGAAGAGGAGGAGGAGGAGGCAGAGGUGGUGGUAGAGGUGGUAUGAUAAGUAUUCUCAGCAACAUAAUAGUUCUGGGCAUCUUCAUAAAGUACAAGGAACUUCGGACACCCACAAAUGCAAUUAUUAUAAACCUGGCUGUUACCGAUAUAGGGGUCAGCAGCAUUGGCUAUCCUAUGUCUGCUGCCUCAGAUCUGUAUGGAAGUUGGAAAUUUGGAUAUGCAGGCUGUCAGAUUUAUGCGGGAUUGAAUAUUUUUUUUGGAAUGGCGAGCAUUGGAUUACUCACGGUCGUGGCUGUGGAUCGAUAUCUGACCAUCUGUCGCCCUGACAUAGGGAGAAGAAUGACCAUUAACACGUACGUCGGGAUGAUUCUGGGGGCCUGGGUGAAUGGCCUGUUUUGGGCUUUGAUGCCUAUUGCAGGGUGGGCCGGUUACGCCCCGGAUCCUACCGGCGCUACCUGUACCAUAAACUGGCGGAAGAAUGACGCAUCUUUUGUGUCUUACACGAUGACGGUUAUUGCUGUCAAUUUCAUCAUGCCCUUGACGGUCAUGUUUCACUGCUACUACCGCGUCACUCGAGCCAUUAAGCGUCACACCGCCACCAACGGCACUGAGUCAAUCAACGGGGACUGGUCAGACCAGGUAGAUGUGACAAAGAUGUCGGUGAUAAUGAUAUGCAUGUUCCUGGUGGCGUGGUCCCCUUACUCCAUCGUAUGCUUGUGGGCUUCUCUUGGUGAUCCAGAGAAGAUUCCUCCCUCAAUGGCCAUCAUAGCUCCCCUGUUUGCAAAGUCUUCUACAUUCUACAACCCCUGCAUUUAUGUGGUUGCUAAUAAAAAGUUUCGGAGGGCGAUGUUUGCCAUGUUCAAAUGUCAGACUCACCAAGCGAUGCCCGUGGCGAGUAUUUUACCGAUGGAUGUGUCUCAAAGCUCAUUGGCUUCUGGAAGAAACUGAAAUAAGAGAGAAGCACACGCUAUCAAAACAUUUUAUUUGUUUUGUUUUUGCAGUGCUUUAAUUUUAUUUUAAAUGUGAGCCCAUUUAGAUCAAAUGCAGUCAUAGACGAUGGUCCUAUUAGGUUGUAAGUUUCGCAGCUUAUAGUUUGUUCUGUUUGUGCAUUGGCUGCCGUAGUGCAUGUUUCUCUAUUUCUUUAUAAGUAAACUUAUUCUCACCUCCUCUGAUGAAUCUAGGCACAUGAGACUAAAGUCUCUUUUCUUUCUUCCUAUCGUGGCAUGCAUUGCACUAUAGUGACGACCUGGAACGUGCUUGGGUCUCCCAUUAGACUAGAAGCAGCCCCUAUUUUGUUAGAAUAAAUGAAUAAUAAUAAUGAACAAUUAAUAAUAAAUAAUUACUGAAAUGAGUUAUUGUACGUUCCCAGCUAUUAUAGAAUACCAAACAUUUUUAGCAUUUCAAAAUGUUAAAAUUUUAAUCCAUCACUAACCACGUUAUUUAACAAAAAUAAUCAAAUGCACAUUAAAUACUAUUGCUUCUAAAUCACGUUAGUGGACAUA